GAGUCAAAGUGACGGAGGGAGCGGAGUCAACUUCCGUUUCCAGAGCGGAACUUCCAGGCGCGCGCUCCCAGCUGACUUCCGGCGAAGGGCCGCCACCCGGAAGUGGCAGCGGACGCGUCUAUUUCCGCCGGCUCUGUCGGGCGGAGGGUGAAGUGGGGGAGGGGGGCUCGGUGACCUUUGACCCCUGAGGGGCGGGACCCGCAGCGCCCGCCAUGAGGCCGGCGGAGAAGGCGCCGCGCUACGAGGCCUUCGUCAGCGACGUGCUGCAGCGAGACCUGUGGCCUGACACCUCCAGGAUCUUCGUGGCGCUCGGCUACGGGUUCUUCGCGGAGCUGACGCUGACGGAGGCGCUGCGCUUCGUGGAGAGGAAAACCAAGUUACUGAUCGAGCUCAGCGAAUCCCUCACCAAGGACUCCGCCAAAAUCAAGGCCAAUAUCCGGAUGGUCUUAGAGGGCCUGCGGGAGCUCCAAGGCUUCCAGGACCUGCCUGAGGACCCCAGAAGAGACGUCGCCCUCUAGCCCCCCCCCCCCGGAAAUCCCAGGGGGACACUGGGGGAAUCCCCACCCCCUCCUGCUGUGUUCACCUGUCCCAUGGGAGCCAGGACUCCUGGGUUCUCUCCCUGGUUCCGCUCCCCCCCAAGCCAGUCCCGCCCCUCGUGCUGCCUCAGUUUCCCCUGCUGUUCCUGGCUGCAGAGUCCUGUCAUCUCAUUUCAACUGUGAAAAUAAAGACUCCGACUCGGG